AUGGAUCCGAGUGAAAAACUUAUGCCAAAUACAGGUAAACCUGUGGAUCAGCUCGAAUAUUCAAGAGCUAUAGGCUCUUUGAUGUAUGCUAUGAUUAGCACUAGACCGGAUAUUUCUUAUGCGGUUGGAAAGUUGAGCAGAUUUACUAGUAAUCCUAGUAGACAUCAUUGGCAUGCGAUAACUAGGGUAUUCAAGUACUUGAAGGGUACUAUGAAUUAUGGAUUGUCAUAUGUGAGAUUUCCUUCGGUGUUAGAGGGUUAUUCGGAUGCUAGUUGGAUAAAUAAUGUUGAAGAUUCAUCCUCUACAAGUGGAUGGGUGUUUUUUCUUGGGGGAGGUGUCAUCUCAUGGGCUUCCAAAAAGCAAACAUGUAUAACUAGUUCUACAAUGGAAUCUGAGUUUGUAGCAUUAGCUGCUGCUGGUAAAGAAGCGGAAUGA